UGGCUGCUUUUCUGCUUCUGCUCCUUGUUUCCUCGCUCUCAUUUGCUGCCAUUGAUCCUGUUCAAUCCCAUUCACAUGUUCACAUUGUGUAUUUGGGGCACAACAACGGUCUGACUCCUUCGCUGACCACACAGUUUCAUCUCCAACUUCUGUCAAGAGUCUUUGCAGAGCCGGAGGAAGCAAGACAAGCUAUUCUGUAUAGCUACAGCUAUGGAUUCUCUGGUUUUGCGGCAGUGCUCAAUUCAACGCAAGCCACCACAUUGUCGGAAACAGAAGAGGUCAUAUCAGUAUUCAGGAGCAGGAUGCUGCAGCUCCAUACAACAAGGAGCUGGGAUUUCAUGGGCCUCAGCCUGCAUUCACAUAUGGAGCAACCAUCCUCCCAAAUGCAUUUGAAGUACGGAGACGACGUAAUUGUCGGUAUCCUCGACACCGGUGUGUGGCCUGAAUCCGAGAGCUUCAGAGAUGACCCCCACCUAGGCCCCGUGCCGUCGUCAUGGCGCGGCACAUGCGUGGGAGGCCAGCAGUUCGACCCGGCCACCGCGUGCAACCGCAAGCUCAUCGGCGCGCGCUACUACCUCGCUGGCUUCGAGGCUGAGACCGGUGCGCUGAACACCAGCGGCGGCGCGGAGUACCGGUCGGCCCGGGACCGCGUGGGCCACGGCACGCACACGGCGUCCACGGCCGUUGGCGCCGUGUCCCCCAACGCGAGCUACUUCGGCGGGCUGGGCCGCGGCGGGGCGCGCGGGGGUGCGCCCAGGGCGCGGCUGGCGGUGUACAAGGUGUGCUGGUUCAAGGACCUGACGGGCCGGUGCAACGACGCCGACAUCCUGGCGGCGUUCGACGACGCGCUGCACGAUGGCGUGCACGUCAUCUCGGCGUCCCUCGGGUCCCCGCCGCCGCUGUCGCCGCUGUUCGCGACGAGCACCGAGGUCGGGUCGUUCCACGCCAUGCAGCUCGGGGUGUCGACGGUGUUCUCUGCGGGCAACGACGGGCCCGACGCGGCCAUGGUGCAGAACGUGUCGCCGUGGGGUGUCACCGUCGCCGCCAGCACCAUCGACCGGAGGUUCCCGACGGUGAUCGCGCUCGGGAACAAUGCCUCCUUCGUGGGAGAGGGCUUCAUUGUGAAGGACAUGAAAACGCCUUUAGUAGAGAGCACUAGCGUCUUUGCCGAUGGGACGUGCUCCUUGGACCAGCUGGUGAACCGCACGGCGGCGUCCGGGAAGAUCGUCCUGUGCUUCUCCACCAUGGGGAUGGUGUCCGGCGAGGGCGCGGCGCUGGCGGUGUAUGCCGGCGGUGGCUCCGGCGUGAUCUUCGCCGACUCGAGCUCCCGGCGGUCCAACCAGGACAACUUCCUGCCCACCGUCCACGUCAACCUGCGCCAGGGCACCCACAUCCUCAACUACAUCCAGAGCCGUCCAAGGCAACUGCCGACCGUGCACGUCUCGGCGAGCAGGACCGUUGUCGGCAAGACGCCGGCGCCGGCCAUCGCCUACUUCUCCUCCAGAGGGCCCAGCUCCAUUUCUCCAAACAUUCUCAAGCCUGACGUAACCGCACCCGGGGUGAACAUCCUGGCGGCGUGGCCGCCCAAGUCGUCGCCGACGAUGCUUCCUCUGGACAAGCGCUCGACGGAGUGGAACUUUGACACAGGCACGUCCAUGUCGUGCCCCCACGUCACCGGCAUCGUCGCCAUCCUCAGGUCCGUGCACCCGACCUGGUCGCCGGCCACCGUCAAGUCCGCCCUCAUGACCACGGCGUACGUGCACGACGACACGUCCGAUGCCAUGCUGGCCGGCGGGACGCAGAAGGCCGCAGACGCCUUCGACACCGGGGCGGGGCACGUGGACCCGCUGCGGGCGCUGGACCCGGGGCUGGUGUACGACGCGGACGCGCGCGACCACGUGCGCUUCCUCUGCGGCCUCGGCUACACGGAGGCUCAGGUGCGGCAGAUGGUGCUCCCCUCCCCGGCGCUCGACACCAGCUGCGCUGGCGGCGCCAUUGGUGACGCCGACCUCAACUACCCUGCCAUCGUGCUCCCCGAGCUGCGGGCUGCGGCGACCGUGAAGCGGACGGUGACGAACGUGGGCCUCCAGAGGGAAACCGUGUACCACGCUACCGUCAUCAGCCCGCAGGGCACUCACGUCGAGGUGUGGCCGCCGGCGCUGGCCUUCUCCCCGCGCUGCGCCAGGGCCGAGUACUACGUCACCGUCACACCGGCUAAGCUCUCGCGCGGCCGGUACGACUUCGGCGAGAUCGUGUGGUCCGACGGCUACCACCGUGUCCGCACGCCGCUGGUCGUCAGGGUCACCAACCUGCCGGACGCUGGCGUCGGCGCUCACCCCACGAAUCAGCACCGUGAUACUACUGAGUACUGACCCACAACCACAAGCUACCUAGUUACGGUUAUCUAGAACUUGGCGGUGCACGGAUUCCGGGCUUCAGAGUUCAGACCAGGAUUUCCCGUGUGGAUUUGUGUAACGUUUUCGAUUUCACUCGUUGAGACAACACAGUAGGUGUCACUGGUCAUGUUAAAGGUGCGGCAAAUUUAAGAGUGAUACUAGUGGCAUAUGCAGGCUCAGAGUUUGAUGAUUCAUAUUUCACCUUCA